UUGCAACGCAGAACGAACGCGGGAGAGCUAACAGAUCCGGGCUCAAAAUCUCCUUCUUCUACCUCUCAAGCCGUCCACAACCCUCAUUCUCCAUUCUCGCACUAUUCUCCUCAAACCAGUUGCAUCUGCGGUUCCCUCCAUCUCCAACCCUACGGCUUUCGUGCGAGCUUAUUUGUUGCCUAUACUAAGAGUAUUUCUUCUCCAUGGCUGGAGAGGGUGAGGAUGUCCAGCCUUUGGUGUGCGACAAUGGAUCCGGAAUGGUGAAGGCUGGUUUCGCUGGAGAUGACGCCCCCCGCGCCGUGUUUCCGAGCAUCGUGGGACGGCCGAGGCACACUGGUGUGAUGGUCGGUAUGGGACAGAAGGACGCGUAUGUCGGCGACGAAGCUCAGUCGAAGAGGGGUAUCUUGACGCUGAAGUACCCGAUCGAGCACGGAGUGGUGACGAACUGGGACGACAUGGAGAAGAUCUGGCACCACACGUUCUACAACGAGCUGCGUGUGGCACCGGAGGAGCACCCAGUGCUGCUGACGGAGGCCCCGCUGAACCCGAAGGCGAACAGGGAGAAGAUGACUCAGAUCAUGUUCGAGACGUUCAACGUGCCGGCGAUGUACGUGGCGAUUCAGGCAGUGUUGUCGCUGUACGCGAGUGGGCGGACGACGGGUAUUGUGUUGGACAGCGGAGACGGUGUGACGCACACAGUGCCGAUCUACGAGGGUUACGCGCUGCCGCACGCGAUCCUGCGGUUGGACCUGGCGGGGCGCGACUUGACGGACGCGCUGAUGAAGAUCUUGACAGAGCGAGGGUACUCGUUCACGACGACGGCGGAGAGGGAGAUCGUUCGGGACAUGAAGGAGAAGCUGGCGUACGUGGCGCUGGACUUCGAGCAGGAGUUGGACACGGCACGGAGCAGCUCGUCGUUGGAGAAGAGCUACGAGCUACCGGACGGACAAGUGAUCACGAUCGGGGCGGAGCGGUUCAGGUGCGCGGAGGUGCUGUUCAACCCGUCGUUGAUCGGGAUGGAAGCUGCGGGGAUCCACGAGACGACGUACAACUCGAUAAUGAAGUGCGACGUGGAUAUCCGAAAGGAUCUGUACGGGAACAUUGUGCUGUCGGGAGGAUCGACGAUGUUCCCGGGGAUCGCAGACCGGAUGAGCAAGGAGAUCACGGCACUGGCACCGUCGAGCAUGAAGAUCAAGGUGGUGGCACCUCCGGAGAGGAAGUACAGUGUGUGGAUCGGAGGGUCGAUCUUGGCCUCGCUGAGUACGUUCCAGCAGAUGUGGAUCGCGAAGAGCGAGUAUGACGAGUCGGGUCCAUCGAUUGUGCACAGAAAGUGCUUCUAAGCUAGUGCAUACCUGUCUCCUGAAAUGCUAUCACACCUUGUCAGGUGGGGUUAUGGAGUUUAUUUGUAGUAGCUGAGCAGCUCGAAGAGGCCAGUGAGAGACUGAUUUUUCAGGGGUUGCAAGGGAAUGGUUACUCGAGUAAAGAGCCAGCGCUGUCGAGACCUUCUUGGUGCAAUUCCAUCUUUGAAAGUAUGCAUCACAAGUUAGAUUCGUGGCUUUUGAGCUUGUCCUCAUUAUUUUGCCUACCAUUUAUGUUUUUGUGGAUUUAGCAUCCGCGGCGUUUAAGUUUUUGUUUUAACAUUCUUUCUUGUAGGUUCGGGUAGAAUGUUGGGGACAUUUUAUGCUUGAAGAGCGUCUUGCACUGUCGGACUGUAAUGCAAUGCUUGUGGACCUCAGCCUGGCCUGCAAUACUUGUAUAUUCGUGAAAACAAUCAUAGCGACUCUGUGUUAUUCUUCCCAUGUCA